AGAAAAACGAAACAAAUCCCGUCCCACGUUUCCUUCCCACCGCAUACGGACGGUUUCCACACCCAUGACGCUGACGCUCGGGUCGUGCUCCUGCGUCACAGCCAUCCAGGCCCCAUCCCCAGGAUAUCUGGGCCUUCCUCCGUCCGAUCCAACCAGCCCAACGGCCGGAUGCGCUUCCCAGAUCCGCAAGCGCGCCGCGGUAUUUUAUCCCCCCUCGUGGGAGAGCUAGCUCCAGAGAAAACUGGUCCUGGACUCCUGUCGGAUACCGCCGUGGAAGAGAAACCACGCCGUCGACGUGAGAGGUUCUCGUCUCCCUUCUCCUCAGCACUUGCCGGCCGUUGCGAAUGCGGAGCAAUGUGGAGGAGCACGCGCACUGACCUCGCCGGCAAGCAUAGCCUGCGCGGCGGCCGCAAUUGCCACCGCAAGCACGUCGAGGACGGGUAGACGACCGCUCCGUCGAAUUUCGCCGGCCGGUUUCAGCGGAGGACCCGAGAUUCGGGUGCCCAAGAAUUGAGUCAGCAAUGGAGGAUUCGGCUUCGGCGGCGGCGGCGGAGGAGAAGAAGAAGAAUUACGUGCUGCAGGGGAGGUACGAGCUGGGCCGCGUGCUUGGCUACGGCAACUUCGGGCGGGUGCACGCGGCGCGCGACCUGCGCACGGGCCGCGGCGUGGCGGUCAAAGUGGUGGCCAAGGACAAGGUGGAGCGCGCCGGCAUGUCGGAGCAGAUGAAGCGUGAGAUCGCGGUGAUGAAGAUGGUGUCCCACCCCAACAUCGUGGAGCUCCACGAGGUGAUGGCCACGCGGUCCAAGAUCUACCUGGCCCUGGAGCUGGUCCGCGGCGGCGAGCUCUUCGCCAGGGUCUCCCGCGCGGGCCGGCUCCGGGAGGACGUCGCCCGGCGCUACUUCCGCCAGCUCGUCUCCGCCGUCGACUUCUGCCACGGCCGCGGGGUGUACCACCGCGACCUCAAGCCCGAGAACCUGCUCCUCGACGAGGCCGGGAACCUCAAGGUGGCUGAUUUUGGGCUCAGCGCGCUCGCCGGCCACGCCCGCCCCGACGGGCUCCUCCACACCGCGUGCGGCACGCCGGCGUACGUGGCGCCCGAGGUCCUCGGCGGGGGCGGCUACGACGGCGCCAAGGCCGACCUCUGGUCCUGCGGCGUCAUCCUCUACGUGCUCCUCGUCGGCGCCCUGCCGUUCCAGGACGAGAACCUCAUGUCCAUGUACCGCAAGAUGCAGCGCGGCGACUUCCUCUGCCCGUCGUGGAUAUCCAGGGACGCCCGGAAGCUGAUCGGCAGAUUGCUCGACCCGAAGCCCAGCAGCCGCAUCACAGUGGCGGGCCUGAUCGAGUCGCCGUGGUUCAAGAAGACGUCCAUUCCGAGCCCCCCCUUGGAGCCCGCGCCACCAGCGGCCGCGCGCGGGAACGGCAACGGCAACGGAGACGACAAGGACGAGCCGCCCGAGGCGCUGAACGCGUUCCACCUGAUAUCCCUUUCCGCGGGCUUCGACCUGUCGCCGCUGUUCGAGCAGGAGCCGUCGUCGGGGCGGGAGGCGCGCGGGGGCGCCAUGCGGUUCGCGACGCGGGAGCCCGCCAGCGGCGUGAUCUCGCGGCUGGAAGGGCUGGCGACCGGCGGGGCCAUGCGCGUGACCAAGAGCGGCGCGCGCGGGGUGAGGCUGGAGGGCGCCGAGCGCGGGCGCAAGGGGCGGCUCGCGGUGGCGGCGGAGAUCUUCAGCGUGGCGCCGUCCGUGCUCGUGGUCGACGUCAAGAAGGACGGCGGCGACACCAUGGAGUACCGCUCCUUCUGCAGCGAGGAGCUCCGCCCGGCUCUCAAGGACAUCGUCUGGGCCGCCGCCGCCGCCGCCGACCCCCCUGGCGCCACCUGAUGUCGCUGUCGCUCGCGCCACCAUUAUUGCCCGUCGCUGUUGCUAUCCGAUUGUAGGGGCGCAUUAUUGUUUGGUGUCGAAGUUGAUGGUUUGCUGCUGGUAUGGUUGUAGCGAGUAGUUGGCUGGUAUUUGCGCGCGGGAGCCAAGACCGAAUUGGCUGUAUCUGCCAAUAUUGUUUUGACUUGUUUAUGUAAGAACAGUUAUCUUGUUUUACCAUCUGCGUCCAUGUCUGAUGGCUCCAUGGCA